AUGACAUCACCCCUCCCCGGCGCUCACGACCCCUCCGUCGUCCUCGCCGUCGCCGACCGCGACGAGCAGCGGCAGGCGUGGCACGCCUCCCACCCGUCCUGGGGGGGCGGCCUCACGCUCGACCAGUACUGCGCGCGCGAGGAGGACCUCUUGACCACGGCGCUCGCCCGCGACGGCGGCCUGACGCCGUGGAUCCUGACCGACGCCGCCUCCGGUCCGCGCCGCAUCCUGUCGAGCUGCGAGACCCUGCGGAAGCGCGCCGUCGUCGCCCGCCCCGACGGCACCCUCACGGAUGUCACGGCGCACGGCGUGGCCAGCGUCUUUACGGAGCCGGCGUGCCGCUCCCGCGGCUACGCCGGGCGCAUGAUGGCGCUGCUGGGCGAGGAGCUCGCCCGCCGGGAACAGACGGACCCCGGCGCCGCCGCCUUUUCGGUGCUCUUCUCCGACAUUGGGCCGACAUUCUACGCCAACCACCAGUGGAUGCCCGUCGGCAACACGCACCUCGAGUUUCCCGUCGCCGCCGAGCCGCCCUCCUCCACGGUACCACCCGCGCACAUCACCGAGCUCGGCGACGGGCACCUCGCGGCGCUGGCCGCGCGCGACGAGCAGCUCCUCCGCGCGCAGCUAGGCACGCCCUUCGCCGACAGCAGCAGCACCACGGUGCGCGCGGCCAUCCUGCCGGAUCUCGCGACGCUGCGGUGGCAGUAUCGCCGCGAGGACCACAUGCUGCGGCACUUUCUCGGCCGCGCGCCCCGCGUCCGCGGCGCGCUGUACACGCCGCCGCCAGGCGGGAGUGAGCGCCGCGUCUGGGGUCUGUGGGCGCGCUCGCGGUACGGCGGUGGCGCCGACGGCGACCCGGUCGUGACGGUGCUGCACUUUUUGCGGCUCGUCGUCGAGGACGAGGCCGCCACCGCGGACGAGGCGCUCGCGGAGGCCCUGGCGGGCAUCAUGGCAGUGGCGCGGCGCGAGGCGGCUGAGGCGAGCUGUCGGCGCAUCGAGAUGUGGAAUCCGUCAGAACGAGUGCGGGCUGCGUUUAGGGACAGGUUGCCGCAGCUCGAGGGCAAGGUCGUCGAGCGCGACACGAGCAACCUCGCCAGCUUGCGUUGGUUUGGCGCCGGCUCUGUCGACAAUGUCGAAUGGGUAGCCAAUGAAAGGUUUGAGUGGUGUUAA